AUGUUGUGAACGUCUAUUCGCUGCGUCUGAUCCGUGAUAUUGAAUCUGUUCUAUGCUUGUCCGAUCUGUGGACAAGGGAUACGUGAUUGAUUGACUUUAUUUUAUACGUACGUAUCGUAUACACGUCUAUUGUCCGUUAGUAUUCAACGCGAGUGAAUAAAAUAAUUUUUAUCGGUAAUAAGCGCAACGAUCGAUGUAGAUUGCAUCACUUGCGAUGUGUGUUUAAAAAGGACGCCAUUGAUUUCACCGUAACGAUAUUUAUACUUGCGUAUUUAUCGUGAAUGUGUUUUAUUAAAGAUUGAAAUUAUUUUAUUUUAAAAUUAUGGAUUUAUUACCAGAACAUAAUUCGACGUUUUGGAAAAUUGGUAGAUUAAAAACGUUUGAAGAUUGGCCGUUUCAAUCUUCUGACAAUUCGUGCAAUCCCGAGCGAAUGGCUGCUGCUGGUUUUUAUGUAGUGGGUGGUAAGAAAGAACCCGAUUUGGUUGAAUGUUUUAUUUGUUCCAAACAACUUGAUAGUUGGGAUCCGGAUGAUGAUCCCUGGAAUGAACAUAUGAAACAUGAGUCGCAAUGUUCCUUUAUUAGAUUGGGAAAAUCGGAUGAGACUACUUGGACUGUGAAUGAAUUAUUCGAUUUGUUUAAAAGAUAUAUGGUUAAGGAAUGCAUACACGAAUUGGACGAAGCUGUAACUAAAGCGAAAGAAGAAAGUACACGAUUGGUACGUGAAAUACCUCAUAUUUAUAAGAAAGUAAAGAAAGGAAAGAAAAUAAAAAAUUAAGAGUAUACUCUAAAAAAUAAGAAAUAAUAAAA